GUCAGAUGCGAUGCUGGUGCCGACGCUUUGGGAACUGGGAAUUUGGAAAGGGUGGGGUGAAUCCAGUCGGCUCCUUUGUGGGCUAGGUGGGCCAGCUGCUCGCAUGGACGCCAGGUCAAUCCGUGCGGCCAAUGGCAGGCGGUCUGGUAUUGCUCCACAUGCCGUGUUGGCGCUCCGAGUCCCGGCCAUUGCACGUCCCUCAUGUGUCCUGACAGGCGAGCAGGCAAGUCGAACCAUUGCCAAGUAGCACCAGAGUCCAGACCCAGUUGGCACGCUCUGAUGAUUUAUCCCAGAGUUGAAUUGUUCAGGCCGCGAGGAAAACCAAAUUUGAGAUUCGGCUUUCAGUUAGCCCCUUUCUCUGACUCAGCACUCCUUUCCGUGUCGGGGUUGAUAUCCGUAGUGUAUCGCUGUCAGCUCCCUGCUGGGGUAAUUACCGAGUCCGGAUUCCGGGCGGAAUGGGCGUUUGCUCUUGAUGCCAAGGAUAAGACUCGCCAAAGUCCACCUACACGUCUCUUCAUUCAGAAACUAAACGAUGGUUUGAGCCUCACAGGGAGUGCGCCGAGGCAAGACGCAAAACUGAUUAUUAUCACACGAACCGGCAAUAUGAGAGGAGCGCAACUCUGCUCCGAGUACUAUCACGGUGUUAGAUGUCGGCUUUUGGAUGGACAUGUGGAGAGAAGGACCCCGACCCGUGCCACCUGUCCCACAUGGAAAGCUUAGCGAGCCCACAACAUCUCAGCAAAACUCGGUUUGACACUGGACGCCAAGGGGCCGGAACUAAGCUCAUGCUUUGUGUGCGCUCCAACCACAGCACUCGCGACACACUCGCUCACAACCAUGUCGUCACUGUCUCAUACCUCGGUGUCUGCUAAAUUGCGCACAA